AUGGGCUUAGCUGCUCCCCGAAAGAAAACUAAAAUUUCCCAUGAUCCCAAUAACACGCAAUGGGCUCGAUCGACAACCGGCUUCGGCCAUCGAAUCAUGAGUUCCCAGGGUUGGACCCCAGGUGGUCGCUUAGGGGCUCGGGAUGCUGCGCAUGCUGAUUUGUUGACGGCCGCCAGCCACUCCCAUAUCAAAGUGACGAUCAAGGAUGAUACCCUGGGACUGGGCGCCCGUGUCGGGCGGGAAACUGAACCAACCGGUUUAGAUGCUUUCAAGGGGCUACUUGGUCGAUUGAAUGGCAAGUCAGAUGGGCAGUUGAAGCAGGAACAGCGCAAGAGAGACGAUGUGAAGCUGGCUCGAUAUGUCGCCCUGAAAUUCCCGGAGGUUCGCUUUGUCCAUGGUGGGCUCUUGGCUCAAGAGAAAGUUGAAGCUCUACCCGCUCCAAAGCCUCUGGAUAGUCAGAAGAAUUCUGAAUCAAACGACGAUGACCAACAAUCCAACGAAGAGGACGCAUUGUCCAGCGAGUCAUCAAGCGCAGUCCGGAAGUCGAAGUCGAAGUCGAAAUCCAAGUCCAAGUCGAAAUCUUCAAAGAAGUCCCGUUCAAGUAUCGACGACGAGGAGGAGGAUUCUGCCUCUAUUUCCGGGUCGAAGAAGAAAAAGAAGUCCAAGAAGAGAAAGGCAGAUGCGGCUGAGACCCCCUCCACUGAACAGACGGAUGCAUCAUCUCAACAAGAGCCUGAGCCUUCUAAACCCAUUUUGGAAAUGACCACAGUCUCACGAGAGCGGCGGCCAAUGGGUCGACAGGCAUUCCGAAGCCGACAUAUUGCACAGAAGAAAAGAGCGCUUAUGGAUGAUAAGUCUCUUAACGAGAUUUUCAUGGUGAAAGCAAAAGCAUGA